AUGGAUCCACCACCCUCCACCACCGCCCUCCACCACCAUUACCAAGAUUCACUAGAAACCUCCUCCGUCUCCUCCCCCACUUGCCGCCAAUGGGACGAUACUCUACCGCCACCCAAACUCCGGAUGAUGUGCAGCUAUGGUGGACACAUUAUCCCACGUCCCCACGAUAAAUCCCUUUGUUACAUGGGUGGUGAAACCCGCAUUGUUGUCGCCGAUCGUCAUACGUCUCUCGCCGAUCUCUGUUCACGACUCUCCGGCAGCCUCCUCCAUGGCCGCCAGUUCAGUCUCAAGUACCAACUCCCAAGUGAAGACCUUGAUUCUCUUGUAUCGGUGACCACCGAUGAAGAUCUUGAUAAUAUGGUGGAAGAAUACGAUCGAUUGAACUCAUCUAAUCCGUCGUCAAGACCCUUGCGAUUGCGUUUGUUCCUUUUUCUAUCGAGACCUGAAACGGCAGCUUCAAUGGGAUCGUUGCUCGAUGAUGCUAAAUCGGAAACCUGGUUCGUCGACGCACUGAACGGCGCUGGAUUGCUUCCCAGAGGAUUGUCGGAUUCCGCCGUGAUUGAUAACCUGCUUGAACCAAAAGAUGGAGAGAUUCAAGAGGAUAGAGAGAAUUAUACGGAAUCAAAGAUGGUGAAGGGUUUGGUACACGAUGUGUUGCAGUCUAGCUUGCCAGAUUCUCCAAUGAUGGAAUCAACGUCGUCGUUUGGAUCGAGCUCUUCGUCUCCUUCAAUGGCGAAUUUGCCUCCGAUCAAAGUUAGGGUGGAUCAUAUGAAUCAGAUGGCCGGACUUGACGAGCAGUUGUCUCAGUUGAAUGUGAAUCAUGUUCCUCCGCCACAACUUCCUGUAAAUAACGUCGGUGGUUGGGCGGCUUCCGAUGAUGAGAGAUCCGAUCAGGGAGCACCGACUAAUGGCCUGAGGAAGCCACCGUUGCCGCUUCAGCCUGUGCAAAGAAAGUUCGGCGGCCAUGACGCUUACAGUUUGCCGUCGCCGGAUUCCAAGCACGGUGGCGCGUACGCUUUACACUCACCGGAUUCCAUCGCCAGUGAUAGCAGCAUCGCGUCGGCAAAUUGUCACUCGAAGCCAACAUUCGCUCAAGAUCCAAACCCAUCAUCCAACAGAGACACCGCAACUCCACCGGCAGCCACUCAAAUGUACACCACCACCACCGCCAUGAACUACCAAAUCCCAACACAACAGAUUCCUGCCUUCGGCGACAUACGACCACCACCGCCACAACUUAACCAAGAUCAACAACAACAGUUCUAUCAUAUCCAACCACAUUACAUCCACCAGCCUCCAACAAACCAGCCAUCACCCGUCUCAUCUUACUAUCCCGUUUACGCGACACCACCACCACCACAAAUGGACCACCAACAAUACCCACUAUACUAUCUUCCGGUGUCGCAGAACCACCCAUAUAGUAUGCAAAUGCAGUCCAACCCACCCGAUACAACCGCCAAUCCGACCACCGUUACAUCAUCCGCCACCACCCCACCGCUUUAUCCGACGAAAGCCACCAUCCCACUGAACAAAUCCGACGUGGUUACAAAUUCUCUAUACGGGACGACGAAUCCAGGCAUGAUUCAAGUUCCAAAUAAUCAAUUUCAACAGCAAUAUGUGAAUCUUUCUCAGAUCCCUCAAUCUCAUCAUCCUCCGACGCCCAUGCCGAUUACAUCCAACGGUGGAAAUUACGGGUACGAGUAUGCCCAUCCGACCCAAGACCAGGUUUAUUACUCACCUUCACAGUAUCAAACCAUGACUCCGGCAUCUGCGAUGUUGUUAGCACAGGCGUCGUCGGCUCAGCAACCGGCACCGGAAAGUGGCAAAUAG